AUUUCCAUUUGCCUUAGUACAGUAUUUUAUAGUCGUAGUGUCGUACAGACUACAGUUACAGUAGUACACCAGUUAGUACACUAUCACACUUUAGUUACGUCGUCGAGUGUACGUCGCUGAUCGCAGUUUGUCGAGUGUCGCAGCCAUAUUGGAGUUAGGACGUACGAGAUUAUUUGAUCACUUUAUGUCAAAACGGUGACGCGACGAGAAAACGAAUAUCAAAAAUUUUGCUGCGUAGAUAACUACCAACAGAGACGAGUCUACAUCGACAAAUUAUUUUGUUAUUGCCAUAAUAUUGCUCUACGUGCACAUAGUCGAAACAAUAUUAUUGCCAUCAUCUCAACAGGUUAGGUCUGGUACCGUUGUUACGUCAACGUGUUUUCUUUUUCGAAGCGCUGCCCGAAAUUGUUUCCAUAACAAUUUUCUAUCUUAUUUUUAUUGAUUUCCGUUUUUAUAAAAUAUAUUAUAUCAUCAAAUCUUUCUUUACCUAGCAGUGCGGUUAAAGAUAGUUUUUUGUUUAAAGUAUUGUAUUUUUGAAGCGGCGGAAGAAGAAAAGUUCUAAAACUGUUUCAAAUGAAGGCCAUAAGUGCCUAUACAUGCAUGAAAAGUGUGACGAUGACCGAACUGUUAUAUUAUUUUCACGGCAGUAAUACGCAGAAUAAUCGAUAUCGUUUAUAGACGACCCGGACCGCCAUUUUGGGCUGUUUAUCAGCGGAGAUUUAAUCACGGAUUUAUGUUCACGUGGACGAGCGUAACAGCGAGAGUACUCUAGCGCCAAAGUCCACCUCAAACGUCGUUUACAUAGUACGCCAGGCAUCAUCAAUUCGCCGUCAGGACGAUCGAUUUUAAAUUAAUUUUAUUUCUAUUUUUAUUGCUUUCCUACAGACAGGAAAACAUAAAAAACGCAAACACAAUCACGACGUUUUAUAGUAUUUUUAAAUUACGACAUUAUUUUUGUGAAAAAAAGAAACAAUUAGUGCCAAACCAUAGUAUAUAUCGUACUUGUACGUUCAGAGACGCACAACAAAAACGCCAUGCCACCAAUUGAUCCCAUGCAGUUAUUAAACUGCUUAAAAGUUUUACUGAAUGAAGACACUGGCGGUCUCAAAGGUCCUCCUGAAGCAAUGCAAAUAUCCAGGUUGAUGGCAAAAUUUUCAAAAAAAAUUGUUAGUAAAAGCUUAUAUGUUUUUAUUUUAAAAGAAUCCACUCCACAUUUAUUAAAUAUAUUCAUGGAUGCCGGUGGUUGGAAUUUAAUUUAUAAUUGGUUAAAAGAUGCUGUAGAAACAGAUAAUAUUGUACUAAUUCAAGACCUUUUAACAAUUUUUCAUAUUGUACCUGUAACAAUGGAAAGACUUAAAGCUAAUGGAGGACCAAAAUUAGUCAAGAAGUUAUCCAAAACUCAUAUUGAUACAGAAGUAAAAUCACUUGCGCAACAAUUAGUUGAAAAAUGGUUAAAGGUAGUUAAAACUGAACAAUGGCACAGUAUGAUGAGUGAUAAAGAAAGCUUAACAAAACAUGAAACACUUGAUAACUUAAAAUCUGAAACUGGAGGACAUUUAAUCUUAAAUGUACCUAAAAUAGAUUCUGGAGUUUCUUCAGAACCGAUGAGUGAAACUUCAGAUUGUAAAACAAAAAUUGACAAAUCUAAGAAUAAAUGUGAAAAUGAAAAAGUCAAAGAUAAAACUAAAAAAGAUAAAAUUAACUUAAAUAUUAAAACUGAGCUUGACAAAAAUAAAGAAAAACCAAAACUUGAAAAAGUAAAAGAUGAUUCUGACGAUGCUAAAGAGAAAAAACGGCGUAUAAAAGAUAAAAAUGGAAAUCCAUUCUUAAGAAUAAUCGGAGAAAUGACUGAUGAAAAAUGUGAUGAAGACAAACAAAUAGAAAAUGAUAAUUCAAAUUCAACCAAACAUUCGAGUCGACGAAAACAAAAUUUAAAAAAUCUUUCAUCGGGAGAAAAAAUUAUAAAAUUAAAACUAUCCAAUGAUAGCAAAAAAAGCAGUGAUUCCAAUUCUAGUUCUGACUUAAAAAAAGAAACACGACCAUUACCACCUCCAGCCCCUAAACCUAAAUUGCCAGAAUCUAAGACAAUUUUAGAAAAAAAAAAUUAUUCUAUUCAUGUAGAAAAAAAAGAUUAUGUGGGUGAGAAAAAACCAACUGUUAAAACAUUUAAGUCAAAAUUCCGAAGUACUGGUUUAGAAGAACAAGCCCCACCUCCACCUCAUCCUAAAUCUAAAGUACAAUCUAAAAAAUCAACUAAAACUUUAUCACCUUUACCUUCAUCAAAAGCUGAAAAAAGAAGUUUGUCACCUCCAUCAGAUUCUCAAAGUGAAAAGAAACUUAAAAGUUCUUCUUCAGACAUCAAAAAACUACCACCUAAAAUUAAAGAAAGCGGGUUGUUUAUGGAUGCAAUGUUGAAUGUCCUAAACUCAGCUCCAAAAGUCACAAAAAAACGAAAACCUAAACCGGAUGUUGUUAAGAAAAAUUCUCCUCCACCGGCUAUCCCGUUGUCGCCUGUGAAGUCUGACUUACCAUCACCUUCAAGAUCUCCGGUACAUUCGCCAUCGACGUUGGAUUUGGAUUCUUUAGUUUUGUCAGAACCCUUGACGAGCGCCAAUGAGUCGCCAUCAUUUUCAGAAUCGAUUACGCCUUCAGAUUACGUACCAUUAUCGACAGAAAAUAAUACUUCUGAUGAUGUAAUUCCCGAUCCAGAACCAGAGUUAAAUGUUGAACCGAUAGUUGAAAAGCCACCACAACUAAAGUUUUAUCGAGACACUUUACUGGAUUCUACAAACGAGUCACUCAAUACUGAUGAACCCGAAGAAAAAGUCCAAGCCAAAAGUCCUAUUGACGAAUCAACUACGAAUAAUUGCAACGACAAGAAAAGCGGUAUGCGAAGUGUUCUAGUGUACGUCAGAAAUAAAUCAUCAAAGAAAUCGGUUUCGUGGAAACAAGAAAGCGAUUUGGUGAAAGUUUCUUAUUUUGAACAUGAUGAAACCGAAAGAGUGAAUGUAACAAAAAACUUUAAAGCUAUGGAAAUGCAUGAACGAGAUAUUGAAAGACAAAACUUCAUUGCUGUUCGAAAAUUAAAUGCUGCUGAUAAUAUGGAAUCAAAGACACCUUGGCGGUAUUUAGAUAAUAGCUUGUUAGUUGAUAUACCAGAAGAGCCUGGUAAAGAAAAAAUAGAACCCGGCAGUGGUAGUCAAGAAAAAAAGAAACAGACUCUUAGAGAACAAUCAGUUUUACAAGCUAUUUACUUCACUAGAAAUAUGAUACCGGAUUCACCCGAAGAACCUGAUCAAAUGGAAAUAAUGGUACCAUACUCUGAACCAUUAAACAUUCCGUUAGAAGACAUGUCAGGGGAUACUGCCCCUAUUUACAACUAUGUAAACAUUUCUUGGCCAGAAUCUAAAGGCGAUCAACCUCCUGUUGUAGAAUUUCCUAUUGGAAUGAACAAUAUGAUGUCAAUGCCCAAUAUGAUGAUACCACAACCUCAGUUUCAACCGCAGGUGUUUGGGGGCAAUCAAAUGAAUUGGGGUAUGCCACCUGAGAAUAUGAUGGGAAUGGGUCCUCCUGCAAACAAUAUGUACAUUCCCCCUAACCAGAUGAUGAUGAAUAAUCAGAUGUUUAUGGGUGAUCAAAUGCAACAACAGCCUCAACCCUUAUCAUUACAACAGCAACCACCACCACCACUGCAACAACAACAGCAGCAUCAGCAGCAGCAGCAACAACAACAACAUCAAAAUCAUCCACCACCUGUUCAAGAAGACCAAUGGAUGGGUCCACCUGGACCUCCAAUGCAACAUGAUCACCACUGGGGCCAACAGCAACCUCCUCCUAACAACGGACCACCACAUUUUGAAAGAGGUGGUGGUGGUGGUGGCCGUGGUCACACAAGAUGGGACAACCCUAGAGGUGGUAACUACGACUCAUAUCGAGGCAAAAUGAACCGUAAUAAUCAGCGAGGAAAUAGAGGAGGUCCUUACAAUCGGAGAGGUGGUCAUCCAGGCAAUGGAAGAGUAGGUGGUCGCUUAUGUAAAUAUUAUGCAAAACAAGGUUUCUGUAAAACUACGAAUUGUGCCUUUUUACAUUCAAAAUGUUAAUGUAAUCAAGUACAUUUUAUUAUUAUUAUUAUUUUUUUGUCAUGAAAUAAGACUGAAUAAAAUUUAAGAUCUGUAGAAUAGUUCCCUCAUUCUUGAUACUUAAAUGACAAGCGAUAUUGUAAAUAAAAUUAUAAAUAUUUUGUAUGAUUGUACUCAUUUCGUUUGAACCAAAUAAUUGUUAAAUAAAUUUUAUUUCUAGAUAAAAU